AUGCCUGAAAAUCUGGUUACGCCAAAACAAGGAGCCACGCAGUUCGGUUUUGAUUUGCCGUUUUCGGCUUGUGGGUUGGCAAAGGAGCAGGAAGUUCAAAGAAAUCACAAUGAAUUUUUUAUAUCCCCAGCCUUUACAAUAUUUCUAAGCCUUGAGUAUCCUGCAGCAAGCACUUCUGCAGAUCAUGAAAGUGAUGAUGAUUCAUAUGAAGUACUGGAUUUAACACAAUAUGCCAGACGUCACCACUGGUGGAAUCGUGUAUUUGGCCGGAAUUCAGGACCAAUUGUAGAAAAAUAUUCUGUAGCUACACAGAUUGUAAUGGGCGGAGUGACUGGCUGGUGUGCGGGAUUUUUGUUCCAGAAAGUCGGAAAGCUUGCAGCAACUGCAGUAGGUGGUGGCUUUCUUCUGCUUCAAAUUGCUAGUCAUAGUGGAUAUGUGCAAGUUGACUGGAAAAGAGUUGAAAAAGAUGUAAACAAAGCAAAAAAACAGCUUAAAAAACGUGCAAAUAAGGCAGCGCCCGAAAUCAAUACUCUAAUUGAAGAGUCGACAGAGUUCAUCAAACAGAACAUCGUGGUGUCCAGCGGCUUUGUUGGAGGCUUUUUGCUAGGCCUUGCAUCUUAAGGCGCCGGGCGCCUCGUGGCCGUGACUUUGCCGUCCGCGCGGCGCGGCUGCGUGAGCCGCUGCCACGGAGCGGCCGGCUGCCCGGGCCCUGCGGCGCCGCGCGCACGGACUAGCCGGGCACUUGGGAAGCUUGUCCAUUUUAGCCUUUUGCCUUUCGAAGCUUGGCAAAACUAGGAGCUGCUCCAAAACUGUGCAGUGUGCUCGUUAUCGCGUUCCUGGGCAGAACUGCUUCACCUUCACCAUGACUCUUUAUCUAUGACCGUUCAAGAUGUAGCAUUUUAAAAAUGUUAGUCUUGGAAUGUAGAUAAGUGACCACAUCAUAAGAAGGAAAUCCCAUUUCCAUGUUCUGGGUUUUUUUUUUUUUUUUUCAAAUGUUUAUUUUAAAAGUUUUUUCUUCAUGCUGUAUUGUAAACUAUCAAUGACUACAUAAUGUAUAUGAUAUUGUAAUUUUAGCCUCAUGGCUGACCAUGUUCCUUAGAAAUCACUGCAAUAAUAUAUAAAUCUGUAAUACCUUUUUACAGAGUAUUAAGUAAUGAAGAAUCAUGAGCUCAUUAAAGGCAAAAAUCAACUUUGA